UGACACAGCGCUCCUGCUCCGCCAUUUGCACCAGAGCUGCGAGAGCUCGCGCAGUCGCAGUGGUGUCUCCCGGUGGCGGCCCGGCCCGGUCCAGCGCCGCUGCCUGCUGUUUCCCGCCCUUUCUCUCCUUCAGCGGCCGCGCGCCGCUGUCCGCCUCCCGUUCCCUCGGGCGGUGCCAUGGCGGGCGAGGCGGCGGCCCCGCCGCUGAAGGUGCUGGCCGCACAGCUGCGGGGCGCGGUGCGGGACGUCGGCGGGACGUGGCGGCUGGACCGGGCGGAGGCGGGCCGGGCGCCGUUGUGCCUGCGGGCCGUGUGGAUGCAGGGCACCGUGCUGCAGGUGGAGCGCGGCGGCGGCGGCGGCUCGGCCCGGCUGCGGGACGGUAGCGGCCCCUUCACCGUGCUGGGCGUGGAGGACGUGCCCCGGGGGCGGCCGUGCCUCAGCGCAGGGAAGUAUGUGAUGGUGAUGGGAGUGGUGCGGUCCUGCAGCCCCGAGCCUGUGCUCCGAGCAAUAAAGAUGACGGACCUUUCUGAAAACCCGGUGCAUAAGGAGAUGUGGAGCCUGGAGGUGGAGGAGCUGCACAGAGUCAUCCCCUGAAUACUUCUGCCUAAAAGAUUUGAAAUGAAUACGUUUCAUGGUUUGGUUACUGACUUCUGAGAAGGGAUCUUAAAGACAUGAAGGGAGAAUGUGAAACUGGGCUGGUAUUUACCAUUCCAGAAAGGCUCAAGCUGAGAUGCAGAUGAAAUCCAGUUAAGUUUUUGGGAGAUUCGUAGAAGCAGCUAUCCAGUGAGUUAUAAUUCCUACAAUAAUAAUCUUGAAAUUCUAAGCAGGUAAAACAUCUUGAGUAUCUGGAUCUUUGAGAAUGGAUGUCGCAGCCACCUGGAGAACCACUCCAUUACACCCUGUGUGCUGUUAUGGUGCGUGGUGUUGCCAGCUCUCACAGAGGACACUAUUUUCUGCUUUGUUAAGGUAUAAGAAAACAUUUCCGUGUUGGUGGUCAGGAGGAUGCACACCAAUUUUUACGCUUCACUGUUGAUGCUAUGCAGCAAGCAUGUUUGCAUGGAUGCACCAUAUAAGCAUCAAGGAAUUCACUUUUACAUGUUCUCCAGCACCUUUGAGACCCUCAUUUAUGAUCAUGAAAGCAUGUCUUUGCCGUGGAUUGCAUAAAACCAUUAACUCUGUGGAUCAAAUGUUCUGAGGGCCGAUCCUGCUUUAAUUCCGGAUUGGACAGCUGCCACUGUCAUUCAUCAAAUAUAUGGAGGAUUUCGGAGAUCAAGAGAAUGUCUCAGCCACCUGCAGAAUCACUCUGUUACAGCCUGUAUGCUGUUCUGUUGCAUACUGGUGCCAAGCAAGAAAGGUGUGCAUCAUUCUUGAGGAUAUUCUCCUGAAAUGAGGAACAAAGAACCAGGAAAAGAAAACAUAAUCCAGAAGAGAAGUGAGCGUGAACCAGAACAGAAGUGGAGAAAGACUGAAUAGAAAAAACUAGAAAACCUAAGAAAGCCAAAAACAAAAAGAAGCCUGAAGAUUAACAUCAAAUGUACUACAAGUCACCCUCUUCCUGCAGGAGCCAAGCAUUUGCCAGAUCUCCUUAACUCUCUUCUUUUGGACCAUCCUUGGUCUUGUAUGUAACACAAGAACUUCGUUGGCUCUGUGUGCAAGGUGAGUGUAGCAAAGCUCCCCUGGGGAGUUCCCAGUCUGCCUUUGGAGUCACCUCACAUUGAACUACAGCUGUUCAGAGAGACUGUUUUAAAUACAGUUCAUCUGAAUAACACGCCUGGUUUGGUAAGAAGGGUGCUUACAAGAGCAGGUAUCAUCCAUAUUUUAAAACUGACUGUUAAUCUCUGCACAAAAAUCUGACCAGUUAACUCCCAGUCCCAAUAAAGGAGGAGCUCUACAGUAGCAUAUAGUUUCACACUUUAUUUUUGAGAAUGGCCAGGUUUAAGCAAAAGGUCUUAAUGAUAAAUGACAACAUUAAUAUUGCAGUGGAUUUACACAGAACAUUACAUUUUUAACAAUGAUUGGUUGGUAUUUGUCAUGCAAAUCACUUGUGUACACCAAGUAAUGCUUAUAUCAAUACAUAUCUGUACAGCAUUUACAUUUUAUAUUUAAACUCUAACUAGAAACA